UGGCUACGCUCUUCAUUCAAUGGGGGCAAGUAAGGGGAUUGCGAACACAAUGUCCAGUCACAACCAGCCAAACAGCAACUGCUACAGACUGGCGCUGAUUGCUUGUAUCGCUGACCCUCUGAUAACCAUCUACUGUGGACUGUCCAUCUUCACGGUGUUGGGGCACAUGGCGUACGUGACCGGAGCCAGCAUGAACGACUUCCAGUCCUCAGGCCUCAAUCUGGCGUUCUCGGUGUUACCGGAAGCAGUGACUUAUCUCCCCUUACCCCAGCUGUGGUCUGUUCUUGUCUUCGUUAUGAUGAUGACUUUAGGCCUUGAUACAACGAUGCCGAGUUUGGAGAUACUGUCGGAGGCAAUCGGUGACCGGUUCCCUAAACUGACUAAACGCCGUUGGCUACUUCUCCUUCUCGUCUUCCUUCCUUCAUUCAUUCUGACCCUCCCGUAUACUACACAGGGUGGUAUCUACAUGCUGACCCUCGUUGACUGGUACUCCGCUGUGCCCCCUGUGAUGCUCUUUGGGGUGGUGGAGUGUGUUGUCCUGGCCUGGGUGGUUGGUAAGAUCUUCAUAAUAUCACUCACUACAUAUGGUUUCACCCAGAAAUAUUAA